CUAUGAAAUCGCAAAUUAGACGCAACGAAAUCCAGAAACAAGCAGGUACCAAUAUCAUAUAUUUAUACACUGGGAAUGCUGAAAAAUUCGAGCUAUAAACAAAGGCCUAAGCCAAGUUUAAGAUCGAAUUGAAGGAACGAAGAGGCAUGGCGGCAACUGAAGUGAGCUCUGUUGUGUCUGAUUUCAUCGGCUUCUUAAACGCAUCGCCCACUGCUUUCCACGCCGUCGAUGAAGCAAAGAAACGUUUGCAAAAGAUUGGGUAUGAACAAGUAUUAGAGAGAGAGGAUUGGAAACUAGAAGCUGGGAAAAGAUACUUAUUCACCAGGAAUCAUUCCACCAUUGUUGCUUUUGCUAUUGGUAAAAAAUUCAUUGCUGGCAAUGGAUUCCAUAUAGUCGGUGCACAUACUGAUAGCCCUUGUCUAAAAUUGAAGCCUGUUUCCGAGGUAAAAAAAGCGGGUUAUCUGGAGGUUGGUGUACAAACUUAUGGAGGUGGCUUGUGGCAUACAUGGUUCGAUCGUGAUUUGACAGUUGCAGGAAGGGUGAUGAUUAGAGAGGAGAAAGGUGGUUCUGUUUCCUAUUCACAUCGGCUAGUUAGAAUUGAAGAACCUAUAAUGCGGAUCCCUACCCUGGCUAUUCACUUAGACAGGGGUGUUAAUGAUGGAUUUAAGGUCAACACACAGAGUCAUCUUUUACCUGUCCUGGCAACAUCAAUUAAGGCAGAGCUCAAUAAAGAGGUUGCUGAAAAUGGUCUGGCUGACAAGACAAUGAACGAAUCAAGACAUCAUGCACUUCUGCUGCAGAUGAUUGCAAAUAAGCUCGGUUGUCAACCAGAUCAAAUAUGUGAUUUUGAGUUGCAAGCAUGUGAUACUCAACCAAGUAUAGUAGCCGGAGCUGCAAAGGAAUUCGUCUUUUCUGGAAGGCUUGACAACCUUUGCAUGUCUUUUUGCUCUCUGAAGGGAUUAAUUGAUGCUACAUCCUUUGAGAGUGACCUUGAAAAUGAGAGUGGUGUUAGAAUGGUUGCAUUGUUUGAUCAUGAGGAGGUUGGAUCUAAUUCAGCGCAAGGAGCUGGAUCUCCUGCAAUGUUAGAUGCUCUAUCACGAAUAACGAAUUCCUUCACCUCAGAUUCUAAGAUGCUAACAAAAGCAAUCCAGAGAAGUUUCCUUGUUUCUGCUGACAUGGCACACGCCCUUCACCCAAAUUAUAUGGACAAACAUGAGGAGAACCAUCAACCUAAAUUGCAUGGGGGCCUCGUUAUCAAACACAAUGCAAACCAGCGAUAUGCAACCAAUGCAGUCACUUCUUUCAUAUUCAGGGAAAUAGCCAUCAAGCAUAACCUGCCCAUUCAGGAAUUUGUGGUGCGGAACGAUAUGCCAUGUGGUUCGACCGUCGGUCCUAUCUUGGCAAGUGGUGUCGGAAUCCGUACAGUAGAUGUAGGUGCUCCCCAGUUAUCGAUGCAUAGCAUUCGGGAAAUGUGUGCUGUUGAUGAUGUGAAGCAUUCUUAUGAACAUUUCAAGGCCUUCUUCCAAGAAUUCUCUCAGCUUGAUACCAACAUCACUGUUGACGGUUAGAUCCCCUUUCAUCUAUGAUAGGUAGCUAAAAUGAACUUUUAAAUGUCUGCUCUGCUUAAGUUGUUGCUCUAAAGUACUCUGCAAACAAUGUGUGCCAUAGCAGUCUCUGGUUUAGUUGGUUUUAUGUUACUGGACCUAAAAUAAUAAGUUCGCAGAUGAAUCGAAUGUGUUUAACUC